GAUGAUGAUGUGAUAAUAACAGAUAUCAAAGACUUGCAUCUCAAAGUCAAACCACACCAGAGGCCAUCGGGAGGGGAGAAGAAAUUGUUUCUGGUAUAGCCGAUCAUCCAAACACUUCUUUUUCUUGUUGGUUCUGGACGCAUUUUAUUCAAAUAACUGUUGGAUCGCAAUGGUCUUUGUAGUUAUGGAGAUAAUUGGCUUCUUCCUGGGCCUAGUGGGCAUACUGGCCAGUCUGAUUUGCACGGUGCUCCCCUUUUGGGAGGUCUCGGCUGACAUCGACACUUUGAAGUCCUUUGGAAAAAUGAGGGGCCUGUGGAUGGAAUGCACCCCCAAGGUGAAUGGGGUCUUCGCUUGCAAACCCUAUGACGCCAUCCUGCAUCUGGCCAUUUACGUGCAGGUGUCCCGGGCCCUAAUGGUGAUCUCCCUGGCCCUGUCCACCCUGGGCUUAGCCUUCGCCGUUUUUGGGAUGAAGUGCACUAUCUGUCUGAAGGGCCCAGGAGCGCUUAAAAGAAAUUUGGCAGGUGUGGCCGGGUGCUUCUUCCUAGCGGCUGGUCUCAUGACGCUGGUGCCUGUCUCAUGGACGGCCAAAAACGUGAUCUCCGCUUUUCAUGUCCACGACACCCCCGCUGCGGCAAAGUUAGAGCUGGGCGACUGCAUCUACUUGGGCAUCUUUGCCGCAUUGGCCUCCAUCAUGGGUGGUAGCUUGCUGGUCGUAUCCUUCUGCAAAUGCAGAGACUGCGGAGGACGUGACGACUGCUCCCCGUACAGAUUGACCUACUACCCACGUGCAGCAGGAGAUAUUGUCGUGCCGCUGGUGCAACACCCUCCAGUCCUGCAAAUGGGAAGAUGCGGUGUGAUUGACGGGGCGCAAACGCUGACUCAAAGUUGUAGUGAGAGCGACAAGGGAGUCAAGCCCAUGGGAUCAGCAUAUGUGUGAUGUCAUCAGAAAUGAGUUUCAAAUUGUUCUUUUGUUCAAAUAAAUGGAGCCCUAAUUUGUUCAAAUAAAUGGAGCCAUAAUACUCUUGAAACAA